AUGAACGUAAAAACAUCAGAAGAUGUUUUCAAUUUUGCGAAAGACUGUUUAAAAAUAAAAGAAGAAAUAGAUAAUAGGGAGAAGCAGCUCCCCAAAAAGGAAAAAAAAAAAAACACUUCUCAAUGGAAGGGCAAUUCAUCCAAGUACAACUCGGAUUAUUCAAAAUUUGAAAGCUGCCUUAAAGAAAUCGAGGAAAAUGACCAGCUGGAAGAGCAGCAGCAGGAGCAGCGGCGGAAGCAGAAGAACGAAGCGCAGGAAAACAAGCAGCACUUCCUAAGUAGUAGGAACCCUUGCACCCACGAUCACUCCAAGGAAAGACAACUGUAUGAGAAAGAAUCAAAGGAAAAAAUAAAAGCUUCGAACGCUUUUAAUGAAGAAGGGAAGAAAGCGUUUUACGAAAAAAAUUACAAACUCGCUUGCGUUUACUUUCGGAAGGGGCUGAUACAGUUGGAUUAUUCCUUCCCCGACUCAGAGCAAGAGCAGCAGGAACAGAGCAGGCUCGAAAUUAACUUGCAUUUGAACCUGGCCAUAACGAAGUUUCACAUGUCCAGCUACCACGAGUGCAUCAGUGAGUGCUCCACGGUCCUCAGCCUAGACAAGAACAACGCCAAGGCGCACUACCGAAAGGGACAUGCCUACAUGAGCCUGGACUUGUAUAGCGAAGCGAAGGAGGAAUUCCUAAAGGCGCUCGAAAUGAACCCCACAGACAAUGACGUGAAGAGGUCCCUACUGACUUUGAAGAACAAAAUGGUCAGCUAUACCAAGAGGGAGAAAUUAGUGUGCUCGAAGUUUUUUCCCUCCAGUGGAAAAGAAAAGGAAAACUUGGCGAUGGGGAAAAAGGGACCCAACAACUACGCAACGGGCCAACCAAAUGAUGAUGACAACAUAGGACAUACUGACGCAGGAGGAAAGCGGCACUACUAG